GUACAGCUGGAAAGCAGUUUGUUUUGCCUCUUCCAAGAAGACAUCAUACAGAAAUACUUCUACUUAACCAAUAUCUUACUUCCGCAGGGAAUCCAGCAGUUUAUUCCAAACACUUAAAUCUAAACCAGGAGUGCUUCUGUUGUGUGGAGUUUGUGUAGGACACAGGAUGAAGACCUCAACAGUAUUUGCCUCCGCCAUGGUGUUGGGACUACUCUUCUGUCCGCUGAGGAGCGCAGCGGUAGGUGGCUACCAGGGCGCCUCUCCGCACCCAUACAAAUACAACUCCAGCCCCAACGAGUCGGAACGCUUACCGCAGCAGCCACCACAGAACGGAUUUGUCUCCCGCCAAAUGGGGCCAGUAACGGCCGCUGACGAGGUUCUAGAAUCCAGCCAAGAAGCCCUACACGUCACGGAGCGCCGGUACCUCAAACUGGACUGGUGCAAGACUCAGCCGCUGAAACAGGCGAUCCACGAGGAAGGAUGCCUCAGCCGCACUAUAAUCAAUCGUUUCUGUUACGGGCAGUGUAACUCAUUUUACAUCCCCCGACACAUCUACCAAGAUGAUGGGGCUUUCCAAUCGUGUUCCACCUGUAAACCAAAAACAUUCACUACCGUCACCUAUACCCUCAUCUGUCCAGGCCAGUCACCCAGCACCCAGAAGAAACGCGUCCAGCGCGUAAAGACGUGUCACUGCGCUUCCAUAGACCUGGAUUAGUUCAAGCCAGAAAGAAUGGACACAUUUCGUAUAGUCUGUGUUGAUUUGCUUUCCACUGGAAUAACUAAAAGGAAUAGAGCGAGCGACCAAUGCGUUAAAUCAAACGUGCUUUCAUUGCAAAAACCGAAUAUGCACGAGGGAGAAAAUAUCCAAUCUUAAUGCUAAAAGAGGAGAUCAAAAGAAAAGGAAAACAAGGGAUGGAACUCUUCACAACCAGGCAGACAAACACUAAACGGGCAGCAAUGCCAACUCCAACAGACCCCCACCCCAGUGUAAUGUAUGGGACUAUAACGACUGAUUUGGCAUUAUUGACUGGUUUAGCACAUUGUAAAUGGCUUAUAGCUUCGUGCUUAAUUCUUUUUUUAAUAUUUCUGGCUUGCGCAUAAUACAAAUAACAGUAUGUCUGUGGAGACCAGAAUGUUUGCGCAUGUAUGGCAUUUAAAUAUGGAGAACAAGCCACACAACGUGUUCAAUUUGACAUGGACUUGUUAACUGUUAUGAGCCAAAGUGGAGAGAAUAAGUAUUGUUUCCUUUUUUCUUUUUAAAAAGAAUCUUUAUUGAAGUUUUUCACAUUUUACAAUUAUAAAUAGUUCACAUAAAUACAAUUAAACUUUCACAUCAAUACAUUUGAGGUCAUAAUCACAUGACAUGAUUUACAGAUUUAAUAGUGUUCAACUGAUUUCUUCUUCUUUUUAGUUCUGUGUUGAUUUGUAAAAAAAUAAAUUUAAAAAAAUAAUGUUUGAACAAAAAGUUGUUUUUGAGGUCAAAAUGCAUAAUUUCUUCCAAAUGUCACUAAGUAUCAUUCUCAGUGGACACGCUCACUUCAGGAACUGUUGAGGAGUUUGUUGUCAAUGAAUGUUGGCAAAUCAUUUAAAACCUGCAUAGUUAGACGUCGCUUAACGUUCAUGCUAUUGUAUUAUUUAUGUACAGUAUAUAAAGUGGUUGGUGAAUAAACUCGUAUUUGUA